AUGAGAGCCGGAUUUCCCCUCAGGCCCUUCUCCGCACUGUCCGGGGUUCGCGCCCACGCCCGCCCCACACCAGCGAAACUGCUGCAGACAUGCCAGAGAGGAAGAUGGAACAGCAGCAAUGCCUCUGGUGCUUCAGAGAGCAAGGGGCAAUUCUGGACGACCAGCCGUGCUCUGGCUCUAGCUGCAGUCGUCGGUUCAGGCGCUUUCGCCGCCGCGUACCAGCGAGGACCAUCGCCGGCAACGGUAGCAGCGGCAAUUGCCGAAUUGCGAGCCGAUUUGGGCGAAGAUGCCAUCAGCACGGACGACGACGAUCUUCACGAGCACGGCUACUCCGAGUGGUCCACGGUGAAUGCAGACAGGCUUCCUGUAGCGAUUGCAUACCCCAAGACUACAGAAGAGGUCUCCAAAAUUGCCCAAGUUUGUUACAAGUACCGGAUGCCCAUGGUUCCGUACGCUGCAGGUUCCAGUUUGGAAGCCAACUUCUCCGCUCCCUUCGGUGGCAUGACCAUCGACUUCGCCUUUAUGGACAGAGUCCUGGAAUUACACAAAGAUGAUAUGGAUGUCGUGGUUCAGCCAUCGAUUCAAUGGAUGCAGCUGAACAAUGAAAUUGCGAGCUCCGGUCUCUUCUUCCCCGUUGAUCCUGGCCCGUCGGCAAAGAUUGGCGGUAUGGUCGGUACCAACUGCAGUGGUACCAAUGCCGUUCGGUACGGUACCAUGAAGGAUUGGGUUAUCAAUUUGACUGUAGUACUGGCGGAUGGUCGGGUUAUUAAAACGAGAAGACGACCGCGCAAGACCUCUGCCGGCUACAACUUGACCGGCAUGUUUGUCGGCUCGGAAGGUACCUUGGGCAUCGUGACUGAAGUUACCCUCAAGCUCGCCCCGAUCCCUGAUUUGAUGCGUGUGGGCGUUGCAACUUUCCCUACAGUGCGAGAUGCUGCUGCCGCGGCCAUGCAGGUGAUACACAGGUCUGUCCCCGUUCAGGCAGUGGAGAUCAUGGACGAGAUUCAAAUGAAUGUCAUCAAUCGUGCCGGUGGGACUGGCCGGACAUGGAAAGAAGAACCAACCCUAUUUUUCAAGUUCUCUGGUACAACUGCCCAGGUUGCGGACAGCAUUCAAGUCACCAAGAAUAUCGCGCAAAGCAACAAGUCGACGUCAUUUGAAUUCGCCAAGGACGAGCACGAAGCUCAUUCACUCUGGUCGGCACGCAAGCAGUCUCUCUGGGCCUUCCUUGCGUUGCGCGAAGGUGAAGGCGACGUCUGGUCAACUGAUGUUUCCGUCCCUCUGUCUCGACUUCCGGAUUUGAUAGAAAUAUCCAAGAAGGAACUCCGAGAACUCGGCACUGUGGCUAGUAUUAUCGGACACAUUGGCGACGGAAACUUCCACAGCAGUAUCUUAUAUAAUCGCAAAAAUCGCGAGGAGACGGAGCGUGUAGAGAAAGUUGUUCACGAUAUGGUGGAUCGGGCCAUAGAAAUGGAGGGUUCUUGCACGGGUGAACACGGCGUCGGUCUGGGAAAGAAGGAGUUCCUUGUGAAAGAGCUAGGGCCCGACACAAUCGACAUCAUGCGAAGCGUCAAGCGCGCUCUCGAUCCGCACUGGUUGAUGAAUCCCGGCAAGAUAUUCGAUUAUUCCGAGGACAUUCAUGUCACCAACGCGGCCGAUUUCGAGUCGGCGCGUCAAUUUGGCGCAAAGAAGCACAAGUAG